AUGGUUACCGUGCAGCAGAAGGUGCGCUCGCGCAUUGUUGACGAAAUCUACACGUACUGCGCCUUCUGUGUUGCAGCCUCUACACUACCUGUGUUGGCUGUGUCAUACGUUGUGGUAAGAGCUAGCAAAUACCUAUGGCUAAAAUUGCUAUCCAGUCGAUAUCCAGACUUUGAAUUUAUUCGUACAGACACAGUACGUUCUCUUCUAGACACACAUAGAAAUCAGGGUAUUAUCAAUGUUUUACUGUCUAUACAAGGUACAUUUGACUUAGAACUGUUCAAACACCACUUACUGCAACAUGUGGUCGAAAAACGAGACAACAAGGGUGACCUUAUGUUCCCCAGGAUAAGGCACCAAUUGGUAUCUUCCUGGGGAAAUUAUGCCUGGAAUGCACAUAUAACUUUUAGAAUAGAGAAUCACAUUAUAGUCACGAAUGCCGUUCAUCGUGGACGGUCAGUAGGGCAAAGUAAUAUUCAGGAGUAUGUUAGUGAGAUUAUCUCAAAAUACUUGCCAAGCGAUCAGUCGCCGUGGCAGUACGUAAUAAUUCCCCUCAAUUCAGAAGAAAAAUACUACGUGCUUGUACGCGUGCACCACCUUCUGCUAACCGGAAAAAAGUCUUUGAAUAUUGGUGACUUCUUACUUAUGGAGCAGAUUCAUCCUGGUGACAGGAUAAAUCAAACAGAGUACACACAACAGAGUCCUCUGACGAAACUGUUUCCAACACCGUCAGCUAUUCCAGAACUUUGGGGGAAGUUGAACGAAAGUUUAUCUAAUACAUGGAAUGAAUUUGUGUCAGAAUACGACCCAGUAGAAAAUCCUAGGGCUUUGAAAACAUUACCAGGCUCUUUUCAUAUAGCAGGAUUAGUACUAAUUUGUACUGUAAGUGCGCUAAGAGAGCUCAAUAAGAAGUCUAAUGGAAAGAAUGGUACAACUGAAGCGUCGGUUACGGCCUUUAGUUUCAUAACUGCGUUACAACGUGAAUGCAAUAGAAGGCAUUUAACACUAACCAAGAUAAUCCUGUCACCACUUGUAACCGGAGAUCCUCGAAAAUGGCCAGGUCUAGUGUUUGGAGCCACAAUAUCCUCAUUCCGACUAUUUUUUAAAAUGCCAAUACAUAUUAGAAAUGAGCUUAUAGCUAUUAAAGAGUUGCGAACGAAUGGACAGGUUCGAAAUCUUGAUACAUUGACUUGGAGGUACGCAGAACUGGGACAACUGUGUGUGGCUGCGCUAGAUGAAGCGGCAAGAGGACUGAUCGAAGUAUACCGAGCGCCUGCUAGGCUUUGGACUGAGACUGUAGGCGCUGACGACGGCAAGAGACAUUUACUACAGACUGUGUCGUUGUGUGGACGAAAGGUGGCUGCCUGGUCUCGCCCGGUGGAACGCGCAGGCAUCGAACGCGCCGCUCGCGCACUCGCCGUGUCGUCCACCGACAUAGCGCUGUACGCGGCCACCGAGGCCGUGCGAGCUUUCUUCGAAUAUUCGCACACUGAACCGCCGAAUUACGUGCUGGCUACGGCGAGAGCCGCUCCCGACGAUUUCUUAUUUACCUUUGCUCAAGGACACGGGAAGAGUUAUAAGAAGUCCCAAACGGGAGGAAUGAUUUGCUUGCCGCUGGUGCUGGGUGCUAGCCCGCGCCACGUGAGCGCGUGCGUGGCGGGCGCGUGCAGCCGUCAGGCGGCGCUGGCGGGCGGCGCGGCGGCGCAGGCGCGCUGCGGCGCGGUGACGCGCGCGCUUCCGUCGCCGCUGCUGCGCCUGGCGCUCAACGUACUGUCGCGGCGCUACGCGCUUUCGUACGCCGAGAUCGGCGCGCCACCGGGGGAGCGCGCGCGCCGCGUUCUUUGGGGGCACCGCGUGGACGCUCUCGUGUAUUGGCGACCCUCCCAGGCCAACAUCAGUAUGUCGCUUACAGUAAUUCACUAUGCGGACACUGUGCGACUCGCUGUAAUGGCGGACGCACGCUUAGGGCCCUCGCACACGAUACCUGCGUCGCGAUGGCCCACCGUGAUAGAACAACUAGUCACAAAAAUAGACCAGGAAAUCGCCAAAAUCACAGCUAAAGCACAUUUAGCUGCAGGUACCAUACCAAAGAUUAUCACUACACCUGAAACCACCGCUGAAGCUGAAGACAACGAAAAUAUGGGAGAAAGUGGCGAAGACUCGGGAAUGCUUCGGCCGCCAGCAACGACCACCACUAGCCCACCGCCAAUUCGUAGAAGAAUUGUAUAUAACUAG